AUGGAACAUUUGUUGGUGGAUCUUUACGGGCUUAUCUUUUCUGACAUCGAAGCAUCAGUAGAUCGAAUGCUAACGCUGAAAUUAAACAAACAGCACUCGUACGAUUUGCAAACACAUCUGGCAAUUGAAACAAAGUUGAAAGAGGUGCGCGAUUACAUGUAUGAAACGGAGAAAACUAUUGAAAACUUGGCUACGAAUGGAGCUGUUCCAUCCACAGUUGAUUCUGAUGAGGAUCAAAGGAUCUCUGCGCCUACAGAUUUGGUUUCCGUUUUAAGUAUGAUUUGUUUUUAUUAA